UAUAAUUUAUGUAUUUUGCAAAUUAAAGGAAGAUGAUAUAAUAUUCCUUAUGCCCCUUAUUGAUUACAUAAACAGGAGAACAGCUAUGAUCCAAAGGGAUAGUUUCUAUUCUCUAAUAACUUCCUUCUUUUGACACAUGCAGUGGCUAUAUAAAUAGCAGUAGCCAUGAUGUACUUAUCAAAUAUGCCCCAUCUCUUCAACAGUCCCAAAGGACCACAACUUAAGCUUGCUUGCAUAUAUAGCUCAUCAAAACCUUCAUUUUCAUCUCUUGAGGGAUACACAUUCUUGUUUAAGCCCUCAAGAAACUUUUAAGCACCCUAGAAAAAAGAUUAAAAAAAAAUGAUAGGAUGGGAAGAUGUUUACAAGGUGGUUGCCGCCAUGGUACCACUUUAUGUUGCACUCAUGUUAGGUUAUGGUUCAGUAAAAUGGUGGAAAAUCUUCACAAGAGAUCAAUGCGACGCCAUAAAUCGCCUCGUGGCGUAUUUCACCUUACCUCUCUUUACUUUUGAAUUCACGGCUCACGCCGAUCCUUUCAAGAUGAACUACCCUUUCAUUGCUGCCGAUGCACUUUCAAAGGUGAUCAUUGUACUUGUUCUGGCAUUUUGGGCAAAGUUUAGUAGUAAAGGAAGCUAUUGUUGGUCCAUAACAAGCUUUUCUUUGUCUACUUUGACCAAUUCGCUAGUUGUGGGAGUCCCUCUUGCCCGAGCCAUGUACGGCCAGUUGGGUGUGGAUCUUGUGGUUCAAAACUCAGUCAUUCAGGCCAUUGUUUGGCUUACCGUUCUUCUCUUGGUUUUGGAAAUCCGGCGAGCUCGAACCGAUAUUUAUUCGAUCAGUGACGUCGAACAAAAUAAUAAGGGAAAUAAUAGUAAUAAUUCUUCGAAUUCAAAGGUGGAUUUGGAAGAGAAUAUUAUUAAUUCAGGUGAAGUUUGUGCGAAUAGUGGUAGUAAUAAGCCUUCAAUCUGGUCUUUGAUGAAGGCAGUUUGGCGUAAACUUGCGACGAACCCUAAUACUUAUGGUUGCAUUAUUGGUGUCACUUGGGCUUGCAUUUCCAACAGGUGGAAUAUUCCAAUGCCAGCAGUGAUGGAAGGAUCAAUAUUAAUAAUGUCAAGAGCUGGUACCGGAACUGCGAUGUUUAGUAUGGGAAUGUUCAUGGCUUUACAAGAGAAAAUAAUAGCUUGCGGAACAAGUCUGACUGUAUAUGGGAUGGUGUUAAGGUUCAUAGCUGGACCAGCAGCUAUGGCAAUCGGUGCUAUUGCUGUUGGAUUGCAUGGCGAUGUUUUGCGUAUUGCCAUAAUUCAGGCAGCAGUACCACAGUCCAUCACCUCCUUCAUUUUUGCCAAAGAAUAUGGUUUACAUGCAGAUGUCAUCAGCACUGCGGUUAUCUUCGGAAUGAUGGUGUCACUUCCAAUAUUGGUCGCAUAUUAUGCAGCAUUGGAGUUUUUACAUUGACCCUGAAAAAAUAUAAUUAUUAAUUAACCAAACUAAUUAACCUGAUAAUUAAUUAAUGUUUUUGUUUAUCAUUGUCAUUCCUAAUAAUUAUCGAGUCAAAAGGUGGGGAAAGAAACAUAUAUACAAGAGCUUCAUGUAAAACACAAUAUUGAAAAUUUUAAGAAAAUGUAAUUUCACAAUCUGUCUGUCCAAUUCUGUUCCAAAAAAUUCCCUUCUUUUUUUUUUAGAUUUACCUUUCGUGUUUGGACUUUCAUAAAUCAUAAGUUCUUUUUAUGGGGAAAUUACAUUUAGUUUAUGUACUACUCACCACUCGGACGUGAGGUCAAUUUGUCUAGUGUGUGUGUGUGUGUGUGUGUUUCUUCUUUUUUAUUUUUUUACGUUCCUUUCUUUUUAAAGAGAAGAUCACAGAUAACUGCAUUGUAUUUAUGCUCAUUCGGGACACAGUCAUCAUGCAAAUCUGAUAAUUUCUACGCAGUUGAAAUUAUACCAGUAUGAACACCUACCCAUAUAUGGGUAGAUCUACACCGACUUAAGGCAACAAAAAGAGUCAACAAAGGCAACAAUAUUGCAAAAGAAACAAAUAAUGAUUGGAGUAGUAUGGAUCAUGCAUGCUCGUGUCAUAUUUAUAAUGUAUAUACACAUUAUAUGAGAAACUCAGGGAACCCUUUUGUAGCAAUGUUUUAAUUAAAAAUGCCACAUCAUGAACGAGAUGCAGGGUUUUGGUUAUUCUUCGGCCUUAUCAUGAACUACUAGAACUAACGAUUUAAAAUUAAUGUAAUUUUCUAAAUCAAUUAAGAUAUCAUUAUUCUAAUAAUUAGAAAAAUGAAUUUCACCUACUCAUAUUAAUAAAAGUUUGAAAUUCAGGAUAUGCUUAGCACUAGCGUCGCGUAUAUCAAAUUCAAUCCUAAAGUUAUCAACGAAAAAAAGAAUUAUGAAUUACUUAAACAUUUUAAACUUAGUAAUUUGUUCAAUACUACGUAUAUAUAUAUAUAUAUAUAUAAUAUAUAUAUUUUUUAGGAAAAAAAGUUCUCUGAGUAAUGAUACACAUAUAAUUUAUCUAAGUCACUCUAAUGGGAAUUGAACCAUCAUUCUCUUUUGGAGAUUCAUGAAGAAUUAUUCACUAUGGCAAAAGAUUUUAUAUGCCUCAAUUCUACACACUACGAUUUACACUACUAGCGUUAAGUGUUCAACAAUGGUGGGUUAAGGCGAUAGUUUAAUUUUUAAAAAUUAUAUAAUAUUGAAAUAGACAUGUAUCACACUAGGAUAUAAUGGUUUAAGAAAUGGUGCAAAAUUAUGAUUAAUAAAAUUCUUAGUCAUUUUCUCGAAUGUGACUAUCAAUUAGUUGGCCAAUUCCCCAAUUAAUGAAAUUAUCACGUAUUGAAUUUGUGAUACUUAAGAACCAAAAACGUCUUUGAUGGUGAACUUACCAAUCGCUAAAUUUUAAAUCAUUCAUAAACCAAAUUUCGUAUACGGUCGGUUGUGCAUUAUGCACAACGAUAUCUAACCUCGUCAUAAAGUAUAAAAUGCCAUUAUAUAUACUUUUUAGUUUUAGCUAUUAUGAAUGUAUAUAUAUUAAUAUACAAAACAAAUGAGUGUCCAAAGUACAUAACCUUGUCAACAGUAUUUUUUCUUUUUCUUCUUCUUUAUGAGAUCACUGAACGAGCUAAUUAACUAAUUAAAAUCGUCUUAGUAUUAAGUUGAGCUUAAACUCCAAGUGCCUCCUAUACUGCUGAGUUGUACUCAUAAAACACCAAUGAAACGAGCUAAUUAGAUGAGAAAGGUAACGAGGUCAUGAAAACUACAUCAUAUCAAAACCCAAGUUAAUCUUUAACCUCAAAUUGCCAAGCACAAAUUCUCAAUGAAUUUCGACUUGGCGUUUAUUAAAGGAGCAAAUUUAUAUUCACCAUUUUAUGAGUCUCCAUUCUACAUGAUCAGUAUGAGUUUUUAUUCACCUUUUCAUGUACAAGAUCGACGCAAUUAUAAAAAUGUGGUUUUCAAUUCCAAAAGGAAGUUUACGAAAUAAGAGAAAAUAAUUUUCAUUGUGGUUUUCGCUCUACUGUUAAUUAACAAAAGAUCCCCCCAAAAAAGGUUUAAUUCAAUUCUCAGUUUUGAUUAAUACAUUACAUCAGUGCAAAAAAUAUUUCAGCCUUUGGGAUUUAAUAAUUUUUUUGGGCUUCGAUUUGGAGUGUGCUGAUGAAGGUUCUAUAAUAUGAUAAAGACGAUGCAUGUGGAUGGUCGGGUUGCACAUGCACUUACACAUAGAGUAUUUAAUUAAAUACUUCCUUCUCAAAAUUAUUGUUUAGUUUCAAUUUUCAUCUUAGUAUAAAUUAAACUAAAACUGGAAAAUUAAGCAGGACAAUAAUUACGUACUGAUUUUAUGCUGAUCAAUUCCAAUUGCAGGAUCUUUUUAAGCACAGUGUUAGCCCUACCUUUGCUGAUAGGAUACUAUGUUGUUCUAGACAUUUGGCACUAAAAAAUAAAGCUGGAGAAAAUUUAUAUGGAAAAUUUUCGACAAAAAUUUCAAAAAUUAUAUAAUUCAUGUCAACACGCUGCACGCAAGCCCUGAACGCUCAAGUAAAUUAUGUAGCAUAGCACAGGUGCAACAUCAUCCCAUUCAUUAAACAGAGAAGAUGUGUAUUAUUGCAGAAUUAUAUAUCAUCUUAGAAAGUUUAUUCUUUUCUUUAUGUAAAUAAUACAUACUACUCCUACC